AAAGAGCAAACCAAAAUGGAGGGCACUUCUAUACUCCAUACUUUCACUAACAUUUAUUUUGCCAUCUUUGCUUUGUUUUGCUUCAAGCUUUUAAUUAAGAUUUCCUUGGCUUUGCUGACCCAUUUCUAUAUUGUUAAAGGCAACAGAAAAGAGGCUGCCAGGAUAGCAGAAGAGAUCUAUGGAAUAGUUCCAGGCAGCUGGGCCGACCGAUCCCCUCUUCAUGACGCUGCCUUCCAAGGACGCCUCCUGUCUUUGAAAACCUUGAUUGCACAGGGUUUCAAUGUGAACCUGCUGACAUCCGACCGUGUAUCGGCUCUUCAUGAGGCCUGCCUGGGCGGCCACGUUGCCUGUGCGAAGGUGCUGCUGGAGAAUGGCGCUCAGGUCAAUGCAGUCACCAUCGAUGGGAUCACUCCUCUGUUUAAUGCUUGCUGCAGUGGCAGCGUGGCCUGUGUCAACAUGCUGCUAGAAUUUGGAGCCAAGCCACAGCUCAGGAACCACCUUCCUUCACCCAUUCAUGAAGCGGUCAAAAGAGGUCACAGGGAGUGCAUGGAGAUCCUUCUGGCCCAUGAAGUUGACAUUGACCAAGAAGACCUGCAGCACGGGACCCCCCUCUAUGUGGCUUGCGCAUACCAGAGGACAGACUGCGUCAAGAAGCUUUUGGAGCUAGGAGCCAACGUUAACAUGGGGAAGCGAUUAGACACCCCUCUCCAUGCAGCAGCAAGGAAAUCCAACGUGGAAGUAGUAGUCUUGCUGACAGAUUAUGGUGCUAACCCAAAAUGCAGAAAUGCCGAACUCAAAUGUGCCCUGGAUCUUGCUGUACCCAACAGUAAAGUGGAGCAGGCACUUUUGCUUCGGGAAGGUCCUGCAAGCCUUGCCCAGCUGUGCCGGUUGUGUAUCAGAAAACAUCUGGGUCGGUCGUGUCUAUAUGCAGUCCGCAAGCUGCACCUGCCUGAGCCACUUGAGAACUUUCUCCUUUAUCGAUAA